UGGAUGUCAAAUGACGAGCAACUACUUAAUUUGCCUUUUUUGAAGCCCUGGUGGCAGAAAGCCAAACUGGUUGUUCGAAGACUCUUUGAAGCUAACACAGUUGAUCGUUUGCGUAGGCGGUUACAUAUUCUUAGUCAAUGUGGUAUACCACACUUGCGAAGCGACCCUUUUGUGAAUCUGUGUACUUAUCUAGAAGAUAACAUUCCGCUAGCUGACCAAAUUCACUUCCUUGAAAAGAUUUUUCCAACUAUUUUAUACCUAGUGCUUAAUUUGGAAGACCAUCCCGAAGAAUGGAGUGCUUUGUCUUGCUUAGUGAGAAACAGAGGAGCUGAAGUUGUUGUUCGGCGUACUACUUUGGCAUCCCUGCUUUCGACGUCCUUCCUUUGCUUACUUCCAGGAGAAUCUACUCGUCAUCAGAAUUUCGAGAAACUUUUCUACAAUUUACACUCAGAAACAGCUCGUGAAAAGCUGAAGUGCUUCAUAAACUACUUUGAUGUACUCAGCCUGCAAAUUCCUAGUAACCAAUUUUUAGGAGUGGUUAAAAUAACAAGGCGCGUGCUGCCAGGAUGGUGCUCUUGGAACAGAAACCAUUUAGGAAACUCCUCGUGCAAUCUAUCUACUGUUAAAAUUUGUCGUGACUCCAGGGUGGAGGAUUUCCCGAAUGAUGUUCUCAAAGUGGGCCAGUGCUCCAGAGAAAUUGGUAAGGGUGUCUGGGAAUCCAGCUGUACUCCGGAGGAUGUGCUCAUUUGUAGAUCUCCCGAGAUUCUCGGAUGUGCUUUUCUCUGUGACCCAAUGGCCGACAAUGAGGCGCUGGAAUUUAGUGGCUGCAGUGUUUUCUCACAGACCAAAGGAGUCUCAACCUCAUUUGAGUUUGUCGCUUCUGCCGUGGCGUCUUGUGGAAGUGUAAAAAUGAACUACUCCAACCUAUGUGCAAUAGAUGGACAGGAUUUCCAGGGUAUCCCAAUGGGCAGUCAAUUCACGGAAGAAUGUGUGCUGCGCGAGAUCAACAAGUGCUACAUUGGACUAUUGCCACAAUCACAACUACCUCAACGUCACAUCAAGAUCAGUGCACUAUCCAAGUACGCUCACAAGCUAUCCUCCAACAUCUUCAACGAGGCCAAAAUCCAGGCACAAACAGUACAGUUUCAGAGGAAAGCAGAGAGUAAGCGAAAAGUGGCUGAGACAUUUGCAGACACGGUCAUGAAUACUCUGGUGAAAGGAUUGCCAGUUUCUCUUAAACAGAGAAAACCAAAUGUGCCUGGCAGCUCUAGUAGCCAGUCUACUUUGUUGGGACAUCAAACGAAUCAUGCGGUAGCUACUCAGCUCAGCGGCUCAGAUAAUGUUACAGUCACCUUUACAUUUGCAGAUGAUGGAACCAGCAGCACUACUUCUCACCUAACCACUCAAAUGAGGAGAAACGACACUCUGGCUUUUAGUCAAGAAAGUCCACCGAAUGUGGCACCUAUUUUGCACAGGUCGCAAGCGCUAGAAGAUUUCGCAGAUAGCUUUUUAUCCAGUUUGUUUAAAAUAGUAAUUGACCAGUUGUUCCCGAAAAUCACCAGGAGAAUGUUUGUAUCGAAAAGGAGGCGCAGCUCAAGUAGAACUGUUUCACUCAGUCAGAGCUUCAGUCUUUACGAUAUAGUGCGACCGAACGGAGAAGACAAAGAAACUACAGGAAAUAAGACGACUGAUAAAGGUCUGUGUAAUUUGGGGUUGUUGAGACCCGUGAAUAUUCUGGGCAAUAAGGCCGACGAACAAUCUAACUUCUUUUUGGGAGACAUUGAAGAAGUUUCGGCCGAUUUCAUAACUGAUACUUCUGAUUGGUCCAGUCGAGGAAGUGCCAAGUACAAGAGCAAACUGCCUCUUUCAAAGUCAGUGGCCGCUGAAACAUUUUAUAGGGGUCGUAAGUUUGCGUCUAUCCGAGACCAAUACUCAAAUAUAAUGGCCACCCAAAUUCUAGCGGAAGCAAUUGCGUCCUAUAUUAACACUCUUGCCAAGAAACGAAGUUCUACGGGAUCGUCGCUUAGUCCUAGGUUAGAGUCAAGUCUCUCCGAUGAUGCUAGACGUGGUUCUGGGAUUCAUACGGUUGAAGAGUAUUCAGGGUUUCUUUCGGAUAAAAUAGUAGUCGAGGCACUGCAGUUUCUUUGCUCAGGACGUGCUGUUAAGUCAUUAAACGACAGGUUCUUUCCAAUUGAGUAUGAAGAUUUAGACGAUGAUUCCUAUUCAAUACAUUCCAAUCAAGCCAGUAAUAGAGGACUGAAUCCUCCUAGUUUUUCUUCCAGCAACCAAAGAAGAAGGUCCAAUGCUUCUUUACGGAGGGCAUCAGGAACAACCGUCUCAUCUAAUACAAUGAAUGAGAGGCUUUAUAGUUUUUUCGUAAUAACACUUUUCUUCAAAGUUUGGUCACUGUUGCUAACGGUCACGCAAUCUUUUUCAACUCACUAUAGAAGAAGAGAGUUCGACGUAGACUUACCGCGUGAUAGCAAUUUGAGUGCAAUACAGUUGGAGAUUGAGGGAGAAAACGCCAGAGGCGACAGCAAAAGGGCUUCUUUAGAUUUGUCUGUAGAUGAGCAUGGAAACCAAAUAAUGACGUCAUCAGCUCGUCCUAGAUUGCAGCGCGGUGCAGGUGGACGGAAGGGUAACGAGAAAAUGUCAUUAAAUGUCUCCGUCAUUGAUCGAAGAUUAGACAUGUCCAAUGAAAACAAGGCAACUGUUACUCAUUUUCCUUCGUUCCCAGUCGUAUCUCACCGAAUGGUAGGCGAUUCAAAGACGUUUGGAGGAUCCAGUUUUUCGCUGAAUACAGUACUACAUAACACCUGGAACACCUAUGAUUUUCCAGGUCGGCGGGAUCUUACGACUGUUGCGACUCAAACUAUAGGCUCAGUUUCAUUCGGAGGCGACGCACAAUUCAAAUUUUUUAUUCUCUGGAUUUCGGCUUCUUUGGCUGGACAAGAGAAGCUAUUGUUCCAUCCUAGUGGAAAUAGCAGUCUUAAUGAUCUGGAGAAAAUCGUGUGUUUGGUUAAAGAUAAUGAUGCAACAGCGGGAGAUCUAUUCGAAUUGUUGCGAAAGUACUGCGAUUAUGUAGAUCUAUUCAAAUCAUACGACAGCAACAAACAACCGAAAUCAUUUUUCUCAUUUUUAGAAAAUUUUUACUCAUGACGGUUAUCUGAUUGCUGAUUGUUCUCAGAUGUAGUCAGUAUAUUCGUGUUGAUAGUAUAAUAAUAAAUUUAUUUGCUGA